GAAAUGAAACCACAAUGAAAAAAGUUUUUUGUUUCAAUAGGAUCAUCUAAGAUGUAUACCUUGAUUUAUAUUCAAGAGUGAACUGACGUAGAUGCUAGAAGUUCCCUUUAUUUGCC